CCCCCGCUGCAGCGAUGCUGCCGGCGCCCUUCAGCGCAGAGAGAAGAUGGCGUCCGCCACCCGGUUUAUCCAGGCGCUACGGAACUGGGCCUCCGGGCACAACUUGCAGGCGAAGCUGCAGCUACGUUACCAGGAGAUCGCCAAGCGAACUCAGCCUCCUCCCAGGCUCCCUGUGGGCCCCAGCCACAAGCUCUCCAACAAUUACUACUGUACUCGUGAUGGCCGCAGGGAAGCCAUGCCACCUUCCAUUGUCAUGUCCUCACAGAAGGCGCUGGUGUCAGGCAAACCAGCAGAAAGCUCAGCUUUGGCAGCUACUGAGAAGAAGGCGGUGACACCAGCUCCUCCCAUACGGAAGUGGGAGCUGUCCCAGGACCAGCCUUACCUGUGAUACUGCUCUGGGCCACCUGACUGUGCCCUCAGGACUACCGAGUGCUUCCCCUGCUCUUCCAUUCUGGGAGAACGUGACCUAACUUAUGACAAAUAUAUUAUAUUGUGCUCUCUA